GCUGAUUUGCCUGAAGCAGCGGCCUGGUGCUUUCCUGCACGGGAAUCCCCAGCUGACAGAUACCUUGGGGGUGAGAAUAGCGAGUGCCCCAACGAGGGCUGAGGUGUUCUGUUGAACACCGGAUCCUGUUCCUCAAAUACACGUGCACUUUGUGGUGUACCAGACCGGUCAUGGUUGAUGCCCUCUCGUUGCCUGUGGGAAGUGUUGCCCUGACUUGGCACGUCCCUCAAACUGGGCUGGUGCUUCUGGGAAAUGCUGCCAUCCUGAAGUCUCACUUAUGGGAAAUGAUACGUUUUUAAAAUUUGUUUGCAUUAAUGUGUUGUGUGACAGCUCUCUGAUUGCAUGGGGUGUGAAGAAGUUACUGUGAUACAGUGAGUAAGUGGAGCGGUGUCCUCUGGGCUGGGAAGCUUCCCCUUCUGCUGAUCCUUAGAGGCACACUCCCUGAGCCAUCUGCACUGCAGGGCCUUGCUGAUCUCCAUCUCAGACCCCUGCCCCUUCACGGGGUCACUGGGGAAAGACCAUGGCUGACACUGGGGAGGGGAAGAAGGAGGAAGCUGAUUAUAAAAGACUGCACAGCUUUCCACUGAUUAGGCACACAGACAUGCCGGAGGAGAUGCGUGUAGAGGCCAUGGAGCUGUGUGUCACAGCGUGUGAGAAAUAUGCCACGAACAAUGAGAGUGCUGCCAAGAUGAUCAAAGAGAUGAUGGACAAGAAAUUUGGAUCUUCCUGGCACGUGGUGAUUGGGGAAGGGUUUGGCUUUGAGAUCACUCACGAGGUGAAGAAUCUGCUGUACAUGUUCUUUGGUGGCAGCCUGGCUGUGUGUGUCUGGAAGUGCUCCUGACAUCUGGCUGGCUCGCAGACUCGCUGCAUACAGGAGAUUUCUUCCUUCACAGAUUUUGUACAAUGUGGAGGUGGGGCUUUAUUUUUAAUAGUUAAAACAUCGAGAUUUCUUUCCAUACUGACAUAACAGUUCUAUGGGAUGCGUAUAUUUUGGGGAGGGGGUGUGUGUAUAACUUGCUAAGCCUGUCCUCGCUCAUGGGAUUUCUUGAUCUGUCUGUGGCUCUCUCUUUGAUGUUUGAGUUUAAACAAGAAGGAGGUGUUUAAAUAGGUAAUCUCAUGACACACCAUGCAGCAGCACUAUGAAGGCGAAGAGGAGGAGAAAAGGUGCUAUCUAGUCCUAAGUUUUCUCCUCCCACUUGUUCUACAUUGUGUCCUCUCUUCUCUGCCUCCCUGGCUAUGUGUGGUAUGGUUCUGACCAGUGCCUCUUUCCUCCCUAUUAACAGCCCCACCUUCCUGUCUUCUAAAUGACCACGCAGAGCUGGCUGCGUCAAGGGUGUCCCUUUGGGUUGUCCGUGGAGGUGUUAGCUGUGGGGAAUUAGGCUUGUUUUACCCUUUUCUGCUUGAUUUGGGAGGACAGCUGAGCUGCCUGGAUGUAGGAGGCUGCUAUGCAAGCUACCCCCUCCUUUCUCACCCACUGCAUGCUGAGAUGGCACUGAAACACAGGCGGCUGUCGAUGCCUGGGGAGUGGGUGAGAACUCUUCGUACUGCUUGAAUGCCUCCCUGUCAGUUCCUGGGGGUGUUGCAAGUGCUGUGUACUUUCAGCAUCUUGUUUGGAGGCUGGUAGGGGAAGGAGGUGCCAUGUGAGAUAUCACUUGGUCAUCAGAAACCUAACGUCCUUUUGGACUUGCUUUUUUAGCCUGUUUCUUCUUUUAAAGCUGUCAGUGUUGGAGGAUGGAGUGAACGUAAUUGUAUGUUACGUAUAUGGCUUAUUUAUAUAAAUCUGGGGAACUGUGUUUUUUACAAUAAAAAAAAAAUAGUAAAUUGUC